UUUGGUUAAUUAUUUUAUCUUCUAAUAACUUUUACAUGUUACAACAUUUUCACGACUUUUAUCUCCAACUGACAAAGAGAAUUUAAACAUUGAAUUAAAUGAUUUCAAAAUUGAGAUGAUUUCCCUUAUGCAGUUUCAAACAGAAAAAUCAUUCAGAGAUUGUCUAAGAGUUGUGUGCAAUGCUGAAAGUAAUAAGAAACAGCUUCUUAUUGUUCAAGCAAAUAAUGCUCAGGAGAGAAGCAAAUUAAUUGCAUGUGCACAAUACAUUUGUAAAGAGUCACAAAAACAGUUUAGAUCAAAGAACAUAUCUGUUUUAUUUAUCCUGCAGUUGAACUAUAAAGCUAAACGCCUAGACUUAUUGAGCUCAUUGUCAUUCUGGGAAUGCUGCCAUAUUGAUGAGUUACGCAGCUCAAACUUGCCUUAUCUUAUAAAAUAUUAUGGAAAAUCUUUAAAAGAAAUAAUUAGCCUUAAUGAUCUAAAACCAAAAAUGGUUCAACUAAUAUUAGGAUGUGUACAAAUGACUAUUCGACGCCUAAGUGAAAUGAAGCAAAUGGCAAUUGAAGAAAUAUCACAACGAAUUGAUAUUAUAACAAAUCUUUUAACAAGUAAACCUGAUGAUAUUCGAUAUAUGUUUAUAACAACUGUAUUGCGGCUGUUAGAAGCUGGCUUAGCUGCAGAAGAAAGCAAAUGGCAUCCUGAUUAUGUUACAAAUUGGAUUCAAAAUGAAGCAAUAGAACAAAAGUAUCAACCAUCAUAUGAAACAUUUAGACAUGCAUUAUUCUGUUAUAUGGAAGAUCGUAUUGUGCCUGUUCUCACUUCCAUUGUUUCUAGUAUUGAUAGAUUUCGUAAUCUUGAAAUUCUUCACAAUGAACCAGAAUAUACAAAGCUUUGGCUGGAAUUAUUUUCUAAGUUCACUGUUAUCUCUAACAAUGCACCCAAUAAGUUAUUGGAUCCAUAUUUUAGUUGCAAGUUUCCAUUUUCAGAUAGAAUUUUCAAAGAAAUUAAUGAUGCAUUACAAAAUUGUUUACAACCAGAUGCAACACAUGAAACACAUGAAUAUAAACAUAUAUAUGACACAAUUGGAUCAUUACCAAUGGCAAGUCUGAUUAUGGGGUCGACAACUAUGGAAGUAGAUAGUUAUUUAUUUGACAUACUACAAAUAAAGUAUCCUGAUCAUUUGCAAAGUUCUGAGCAAGGCCUACACUCUUACAAAAUCUUGGCAUAUGGUUUGAUUUCUUUUACGAAUUCUGUAGUUAUUUCAAGAAAUAAAUAUUUUGAUGCUUGUGGUAUAAAACUAAAUGAUAUAAUUAAUAACAAUAACUGUGAUAUAGUCUCUAUACACAUUGCUUUGAACACUAAAAUAUUUGAAGAAAGACUCAAAAGUAUUUCUUUGAUGCUUAUCCUUCAACCAAAAUUAAAAGAAGCUAAAUUAGGUCAAGAAUCAGAAAUAGAUAUAGAUGUUCAUUUAAUAAAUCAUUUUCUAUCUCAUUUUGCUUCUAAAUGCUUCUCUUCUGGUGUCAUUGAGGAAAUUAGAAAAACCAAAGUGUUGAUCAAUUGUGUUUUUGAGUCUGUUAUCAAAAGUAAAUGCAAUAAUGCAACAAAAGAAAUGGUGAAAAAACUACAAAUUCGUUGGUGCAGUUUUAGAAUCUGUCAAAAGUUUUCAGAUGUUGUGUUUCAAGCCUCUACAAGUUUUUGCAAUCAUCAAAUUGAUUUGUUAACCUUACUGCCAAAGAAGUUGGAAACUCUUCCAAAUGAUAUGCUAACCCGUGAAUCAUGGUAUAUAGUUGAAGCAUUUUUAAAAGAAUCUCUUUUAAUCGAUUAUUCUAACAUUAGAGAAGAUUGCUCAGUUAAUAAUUGGAAUGAGGCAUGUAAUACUGAAUUUAAUGAUAGAGAUAUAUAUCAAGAAAGAAGACAUACUGUUUUUGAAAAAGAAGAAUUCAAGAAGCGAUGCAUUUCAUUUUAUGCUGAAGUUGUUGCUUUUCAAGAAAAGAUUUUGAUAGAGUGGAUACAAAUGUCAUUGAAAAUAUUCUGGAUUAUGUUUUUUCUUCCAAAACCACUAAAGUAUUUUCCCCAAUACCAGAUUAUGCACUUGAUCCAACUCCUGUUAUUCGUUCAUUUUUACUCCAACAACUUCUUCAAAGGAGUUACAAUGAGGUCCAAAAGUAUCUCAGUCACCAUUUAGCUAUGUUAUUUUCACAUACAGACCAAAGUCAGCUUCUCGAAGUUGCAAAAGUUUUUAUAUAUUGCAUGGAGAUUCGUAGGUUGUCAACAUUUGGUCAGAUCGGUCAAAGCCAUCUAUGUUUAUGUUAUAUUCAUGUACCAAUAGAGGAAUUUUUUUUUUUUUACCAGCUAUAUUAACAGUGACUAUAUUAUUUGGAACACAGGUACUCAGCGCAAACCAUGUAUAUUAAGGUGGAGUGAAAACAACUUUUUUAAGAAAUUCGUAUUUUCUACCUGAUUUCUAUAAUAAUUAUAAGAAAACUAAAAAAAUGAGACCAAGAUGAGCAAAAUUUGACAAGAACUACACCCAGCACCAAUUUUUGAUCAAUAUUACUUAUUAUUGAAAGCGCAAACUUAAAAUUUUUAUAAAUAUUUUUUAUGAAGAAGCUUUAAAGUUAUAACAUAUUAGGUAUGAUUGUAUUAUCCAUUAGUAUUAUGACCAAAAUACUCACUUUUGCAUUGAAAAGGUUAAUCUAAUACUUUUAACUCAUUUAAAAGAUAUUUUUUGAAAUAAAGUUAAUAUUCAGCAUAUAAUAAAAUCCACGCUCUACUACUUUCCCCAAACCAUAUUUUUAAAGGUAUUCAAUUAAUAAAUAAUAAUAUUAAUUAUAAUAUCUAUAAUACUUGUUAUCAUUUAGUCAGUAAUAAUAAUUAUUAUCAUUUAUAUAUUUUGAGUUUUGUUAUAAAUUUCAGUAAAUAAAAUGUUAAGAUCAAAAACAGAUCAUCUAUUCUUUGGGUAUUCAAAGCCACUCUCUGAUGUGCAACUGUCAACAGGACUAAAUGUUAUGCGGCAUAUGGUGUAUUUAAAAGAAAAUAUAUAAGCUAUAUUACAUAUCGUUUGUCAAAUAAUAAUACAAUUAGAUGUAAUAUAUAUAUAUAUAUAUAUAUAUAUAUAUUAUAAAUUUACAGAAUCCUGCUGGAAAAACCAACAAAAAGAAUGAAGCAGGUUCAACCGCAACAGAGGUCUUAAGAAUUUGGGGAAAAUGUAACAUACCAACUGUGUCAUCAAUUCCAUUUUUGACAAAGAGAGUUUUUAACCUUUAUGAGCAGAACAUAAAGCUGCAAAAAACUCCAACAAGCAGGAAAAAUAAAGAAAACAAAUUUAAAAAAAAAAAAAACUAGCAAAAUUGUUUAAUAUAUCUGCUUGCCAAUGCAAAGAUCUAAAGAAAAGCUGCUGUGCCAAAGUUAAUAUGGUACCAGCUAUGGAGCACCCUUUCAUGGAAGAUCAAAGGAGUGAUUGCAAAAUGACUAUAGGUUCAAUAGACAAAAAAAUUACAGCAAAACUGCAGAAUAUCCAAAGCAAACAGAGCUCAAACCUUAAUUAUGCAGUGUCAUUAGAUUCUUUCAUUUCUACCAAACCUAUUACUUCGUUGAAAACACCCAGUCAUUAACACCUCAUCUUCAAAGCAGAUGCAAUUGUCUCUCCCUUCUCUCUCAUUAGCCUGUGACCGCCAUUGACUCUCAGACAGAUCGGCUGCAGCUGUGGCAUCAGCUAUACUUGAGGAUAUUGGAAUUAUUUCAUAUGAUAACAAAACACAAGUUAUUGAUCGCAGCAAGAUCAGGCGUGAGCGCAUAAAAACAAGGGAUAACCAGAAAGUUGGUGAAA